AUGAUGAUAUUCAUACGUUUACUAAAAGUUUUUCGUUGUCUAAAUAUAUCUCCCAAAACAAGGUCAACGAGCAGAAAUACAUUGAAAUAUGUAGCAUUUCCAAGAUUAUUGCACUCACAAGCGUUAUUUUUCACAAAUCAAAAAAAUGAACUUAUAACUGUCAUUCAAGCACAACGGAAAGAAGAGGUUAGUAAGAAUCACAAACUGAUAAAUUUAUUUCAACAUGAGAUUCAAAAUUACGGGCGGUUACGUAAAAUUGACGUUGAUAAAUUAUUAGAAAAUGUUAAAGAAUUAGGUGCUGUUUCAAAUUUACAAGGGCUAUUCUUAUUAAAAUGUUGCAGUGAAUUAAUAUCGAAUAAAUCGACAUUAUCAAGAAGAUUAUUGGCUGAUGAGAUUUGGAAAACAUUGAAAGGACUUGAUGUUCAAUUAGAUGUGUCUCAUUAUAAUGCAUUGUUGAAUGUAUAUGCUGAAACUAAUCAUCUAUAUUCACCUAUUGAUUUUUUGGAAGAAAUGGUUAAAGCAGGCAUUAAACCCAAUAGGGUAACAUAUCAAAAGCUGGUUGCACAAUAUUGUAAUGAGGGACAAGUGAUUGAAGCUUCUCAAAUUUUAAAUCACGUAAAAAGUGAAGGCAUUCAUGUAAAUGAAGACAUGUUAAGUUCACUAAUUUAUGGUAAUUUUGUAAACAACAAUGACGAAGUUGCAUUUGAAUAUUUAAAAGAUAUGGAAAAAAAUGGUGUACAACUCACUGUCAAAACUUAUUCUAUUUUACUAUAUAUUUAUGCAAAUAGAGGAGAAAUCGACAAUAUAAGAAAAACUCUAAAAGAAUGCGAAGCUAAAGAUGUAUGGGUUCCUGACAAAGCACUUUUAAGGAUAAUUCAUAAUCUUAGCAUACAUGGUUUUCCACAAUAUAUAGAUGAGAUUUUGGCAUUGACACGUAGGGGUAAUGUUUAUCUCAGUGAAGCAACUAAAAUCAUCUACAAGCUUAUUGAGGAACAUCAUUACGAGCCCGCCUUCAAAAUAUAUCAAACACUACCGGAGAACCGGAAGAUUACUGGCGGAAAUAUAUUUUUGCAAGCCUUAAUCAAUUCAGACGCCCCGCUGGAAAGAAGCGUAGAAUAUUGUAGAUUAAUGGAAAUCAAAAAAUUGAAUCAUAAAGCUUUUCUAUUAGCUGUACAAAAAAAUGCAAAUGAUGUGUAUCACUCAAGUAUAAAACUGUUGAAGGCAUGGAAACAAUUAGGUGGAGUAAUAAGAGCGGAUUAUUUUUUUCCUAUUUUGAAAGCUUAUGGAGAGGCUGGACAAAAUAAAGAAAUCAUGAAUGUUUUGCAAAAAAUGACAUCGGAGUUUGAAUUGCAACCUAGUGUUUAUAUGUUGAUAAAUUCUGUUCUACCAUAUAUGCAAUGUGAUGAUGAUGAGAUAUUAUUUGUAUUAUUCGGAUAUCAAGUUAAUCAUGUACAUGCCGCAAAUUCUGUUCUUAUAUACUUACUCAAAAAAAACGAGAUUCGCAAAGCAGUAAAAUUUAUGAGUAAUUUUUCGAUGCAGUAUAGAGCAGAAAUCGUGAAAUCUAAUCUUCUGAAUGCAUUUAUAAAUACAGAAGACGUUCCAAGUUUCGUUAGUAUUUUACAUCAUUUAUACAUGCACAAAUUCAAUUAUGAAAAUCAUAUAGCCGAAGAUAAUAUCAAUAAAGUAGUUUAUUCUCAAAAAUUUAUUGAUUCGUUCAUUUCAGAGACAGUUGAUACUAUACUGUCGAAAAAUGAAUCUGCUCCUUCAACAAUCAACAAGUAUCUAAUUAUUUCGCUUUUCAGAAAUUUAAUUGACAAAGGUAUUCAUUUAUCACCUGCAGUGACAGAUGAUAUAAGAAUAAAAUUAAGCAAUGAAAUGACGCCACAAAUUGAAAAAGCUUUAACAAAUUUGAAAUCUGAAAAUCUUGUUCCUAAACCUAUUUUAAGGCAGCUUCAAAAUAUGUGUUUGAAAACAAAACUAACAAACAUAGGAAAAUUGGAAAAAUUGGCCAAAGUAUCAUCAGUGUCCAAUAAAAUAAAUUCACUAAAAUAUCAAAAGCAAUUGUUAUACUAUUAUUGUAGUAUAUUGAAUUACGACAAAAUGUAUCAAGUAUUACAGGAACUUGAAAUAAAUUGUAUUCAACAUUUUCCAUCUACAUACGCCACUGCGAUUGACGCUUUUUUACGUAUGAAUAAAAUUGAUGAAGCCGAGGCUUGGUUGUUAAGAGCCAGAGGAAUGAUACCAGACUUUCACGUGAGCAAAAUUAUACUUUUAAAAUUAGCGACAGCUAUUGCCGAACAAGGGCAUUUUAAACGAGCAUUGGAUUGUCUGAAUCAGCCAACAGUUUCUUCUAAUAUUCGAUCGCUUAGAACUUGCACAAAGUUCUUAACAGCUGUCAUGCAGUUUGACGACGAAAAUUAUUUACUGCAAGCUUUUGAUGUACUCAAUGAAAACGGCUAUAUUACUGUAUUAAAAAGUCAUCUAUUUAUACCUUUAGUUUUACUUUAUCUACACAGAGGUAAUAAUGAAGUUGCACUCGAAAAAUUCAAAUGGGUUUACAAAGUUUACGAUCUUGCUCCGUGUCAAAUACAGCUUAUGAAAACAUUUAUAAAGACGGAAGAUAAAAAUUCAUUAAAUCAGGUUAUAACCGUCAGUGAAGAGGUCGAUGGAUCGUUGACGUGUUAUUUCAAUCUUGCUUUAGCUUACCUUGAAAAUUCUCAGUUGUCCGAAGCGAAAAACGUGAUUGAGAAACAUAUACCACAUUUACUAGAGACAAUUGUUUUCGAACAAGCUGUAUUUUAUUGUAACAAUGGGCAAAUUGACUAUUUGGAAAACCUUCUUGAGAUAUUGAAUAAUUUGAAUUAUGAUGUUGAAAAACUCUGUGUAGUCCUAUUGAAAGCUUUUGGAUAUUAUAACGAAUGGGAAAGAGGGUAUAAACUGUGGAUGAAAAUGAAAGAUAACAUCAAGUUUUCAAAUACUUUUUUUGAUUAUUUUAAUUUAGUCAUGAAUACGAAAGAUAAUGGUAAUUCAAUGUUACAAGAAUUUUUAGAAGCCACAGAGGGAAGCGAUGAAAUGAAAAAUCGAGAGCUUUUAGAUAAAUUACCUAUAUUAUACAAAAGUGAUGGUUAUUCGAGAUUGUGUAAAAAAGCUUGUCAGAAAGAGAAUUUUUCGGAAACCAUAGAACUUUGUAAGGAGCUAAAAAAUCAAUUCAAUUUGGAUAUACAUUCAUUUGAUGCAGAAUUCAUAUUGGAUGUUAUGGUAAAAAAUAAAGAUGUAGAUAGCGUUGAGAAAAUUGGAAUAUAUAUGAGUCGUAAUUUGAAAAAUCAAAUAAAAUAUAAUUUCUAUUUAAAUCGUGUGUAUCUAAUGUCCGGAUCGUGGAAUUUGUAUCUGAAAGAUAUUGAAAAAAGACUUGAUGAAGGAACUGUUAACUGGCUGAAUCUGAAUAUGCAUGUUAGGACUACAGUAGAAUGUUUGUUUCAACAUCCUGAGCUGUUGGAACAAUAUGAAUUAGUAGCUCACAGGUGUAAUGAAAAUAAUAUUCCUGGCCCUAUUCAUGUUCUUUGGAUUUACUAUUUUUUCACUAAUGAAUCUAAAUCUGAAAAAUUAUGGUCACAGUUUAUAAAAAAAUCAAAGAUCUCCAUUUGGAUGGAAGUUAAAAAUUUUCAACAGACUACUCCUGAAAUAUAUGUAAAAGUAGCUGAACUUUUAAAAGACAGUGAAAUUAAAAAAUCGACAAUGUCGAAUAACUUUACAUCAUUGAUAGAGCGUGCUUUAAAAUCUGAUCAUCCAAAUAAAUAUGUAAUCGGCUUGCAAUGUUUAUUACAUGCUACAGAAAAAUUGCCAAUGGAAUCAUACGAUAUCGAUUUACUUGUGAGGCUUCAGAAAGGUCUUGAAAAUUCUGGAGUAAAAUGGCCAUGGUCCAGUCGGAGUAAUAAAGAAGAGGAAAAACAGCAAGUGAAAAAUACAGUUAAAGCUAUUACGGCCUUGUAUAAAUGAAAAUCUAGUCAUUAAUUAUUUGUACAAAGUAUGAUUUGAAAUAAAUCUACAUUUGCCAAUUUUACUUUUAU